CUAUAUACCGCUUAAACAUUCAAAAUAAGUUUCGAAGUCAAUUGAAGUAUACGUACAGAUAGCUAUAUUUAAAUUUGUACAUAAGCAGUACUACGAACAACACAACAAAAUGACAUUUGUGGUGUUUAUUCUGAUGCUUGUUAUCCGCCAAGUCAUUUUCGUCAAUACAGAGGACUGCAGGACGAAAGAAAACUUAAACCACGAGUUUGCCGUGAACUGUGACUUCCUGAAACUAACGUUAAUUCCGUCAAUGGUUCGUUUCGGUUUGAACCCUAUCAAAUUCAUAUCCAUAUCAGGCGACGCCAACAACUUGAACAACAUCCCGACGAUACGCAAGACUGAUUUCCAGGCAGUCUCCAGAGUAACCAGUUUAGUUAUAUCGUGGAGUCAGGUCAAGACCGUUGAAGACGGAGCGUUCGAGAAAAUGGCUGAUCUUAAAACGCUGUCCCUCACUGACAAUGAGCUAGAGAGUCUGAAUGCAACUACAUUCGCUGGCAUACCACUGUUAAAGGAACUUGAUCUUUCUGGAAACAGAAUCUGUAAGUUUGACGAAACUAUAUUUAACAAUAUCCAAAGUAUCAGCGUUUUAAAUUUGGGAGACAUGAAUCUAUUAUUUAUACGAGAAGACUUCUUCAACAGUCUUCAUUCGCUACGCGUUCUUAAACUGUAUACAAACCACAUAAAAACCGUGUCUGAGAACCUGAUUUUGAAUCUACCUGCUUUAGAAAAUUUGGAUUUGUCGGCCAAUCAACUACAAACCAUUCCUGUCGAGUGGAAACCAAAGUUCCAAACGAUGAAACGCGUCCAUCUUGUUGAAAAUCCAUUACAUUGUAACUGUUUGUUGGCAUGGCUCCAGGAGCAACCAUAUCAGACAACACUUGAUUCGGGUUCUUUGGUUUGUAAUGGUCCACAGAAGUUGCGGUACUCUUCAUUUCUGAAUGUUCCCGACAGGGACUUUGUCUGUAUUCCUCCAAAAGUGUUGCACUGCGAGCAGUCGACAUAUUCCGUUGGCGUCAAUCAGCAACUCUCAAUUGUCUGUGAGUACGGCGGUGAUCCUGUACCGGAAAUCAAAUGGACAAGACCGGAUGGACAAGUGUAUGAUGGUCGAAACACAUCGGAAGGUGGAUACCAUGUCGCUGAAAAUGGAACCCUGUUGAUUUACCGAGUAUUAAUGUCAGAUAACGGUUUGUGGAAAGUAACAGCUUACAACCAGACAACUUCAGAUAACAUGUUGAUAAAUGUUAUAGUUAGGAAAGCUGAACGUACAGAACCUCAAACAAUACCGCCAAUAUUUAAGCCAGAAGAUUGCAAUUUUAUCCACAAUGAAGCUGCGAUUUCCAGUACCGUGCCGGUGAUAAAGAUAAGCAAGAUACUAGAAAAAGGAUCCCCAAAAGCGGACGUGGCUACAGCUGGAAUUGACAUGGGCAAUAUUUAUUGGGUUUUGCUAGCAGCAAUCGCCUCUGCAGCUGGAGCCAUGGUGGGAUUAUUAUGCUUGCUCAUUAUGUUCUGCAAAAGAAAUAAAAAACCAAACAGAAGCAAUCAGAUAAGAGCUUUUGAACAUGACAUUUAAUAGAGUAAACUUGUUUGCGUAUGAUUUUUGUAUUCCCAUUUAACACUGUAUGCAUUUAUUUUUGUAUUUUGUAUGAAAUGCAUUUGGAAAUAACGUAACGAUAUAACUUGAUAUCGCAGUGUGCCUUGCUCUUCUUUGUUUACAAUAUGAACAUAAGGAUUUAAUUAUGUUCGUUGUAUGCUUUCAAUGAAACCGGUAGC